CGUCAAUCUUUUCUUAAACCACGUCAUUGAGGUCGCGCCAAAACUCGGUUGUCCGCAAUGUCAACGUUCGACUAUGUAGAGAUUCCUCCAGACGUGAUUCGUCUGCAAUCUUCUCCAGCCUCCGACCCUGUUCGUCCAUUCACCAAAAUCAGCACAUCAUUGCCAUCAUGCUCGCCUACUCCUGCGGCUGCGGCUGCGGCAGCACCACCUUCAGCCCGACAAACUUCUAUCCCUACGUCCGCUAGCCCUCGCAAGUCCAGCACUGCGCUGCUAAGUACCAGAGACCCGCUCAGCAUUCCUAUUACUACUGUCAAUUUCAGGAGGUUCGUAGCUAGAGUAGGACCCGUGUUUUGGUUGCAGGAUCGAGUGGAGGAGGUCCUUAUGUGGAGAUGCGGGUGGAAGUAUACUGGGGUCUGGAUUGCUAGUUACGCGUUCUUGUGCUAUUUCCCUCGCAUGGUGCUCCUUGUACCGCAUGUCAUACUAGCAUCUAUAAUGCUCUAUACAUAUCCUACUCCGUCACCAUCCGAAUCGAUAUCAACGAAGAACCCACCGGCUGCAAUCGCACCACCUCCCUCAGAAGAGAGUGUUGACUGGCAAGCUAACCUUCAAGCAAUUCAAAAUCUUAUGGGGGCGUACUCUGAUGGCUAUGACCUCCUCUCACCACUCGCUCCCCACCUCAUCCAUCGAUCCACUCAUACUUCGCUCGUCCUAACGCUUAACCUGCUCUCUUUCCUCUUUUUGCUGCCGGUCCUACCUCUAAUCCCGCUCCGCCUGCUAUUCUUUGUUCUAGGCGUAUCACCCUUUAUAUGGACUCACCCAGUCACGCAAGCACGAAUCCUACCCCUGCUCAAAGCUGCUGUAAACGGCUGUAUCGUAAAGGGAGGCAACGCGAGUGCCACGUUGGCGGGAAUGACGAGUUCUAAAUACGCCAAUAUGAAGAUAAAGCUCCGCCGCUGGAUUGACGACGAUAGGCUCGACGACAAACAUUGGGGUGCAGAGAUGCGGGAAGUGGAGUUGUGGGAGAACGAGAGGUGGACUCCGGGCCCUUCUUCAUCCUCCUCAUUUGUCACACAGGAUGAUCUUGACGCUGUGAGAUCGGGGUUUGAUGUUGGAGAUGGGUCCGGAAGCGCAUUGCUUGGAGCGGGAGCUGGGACGUGGAGCAAGACAAAUUUGAGGCCUGCGGAUCGUGCACCAUGGACGAGGGCGAGGGACGGUUGGAGUGGGGUGGGUGGAGAAGUGAGCAGCAACCUCACGUUUUCGCUGGCACUAGGCUGGGCAUUCGUAGAGACAGAGGGGUGGAGACCGGACGCACUGGGGAGCUGGGUCUCUACCGUUUCUGUUUCUAAUUCUUGUUCUGCUUCUGGGAAUGGUGAUCCUGUCUCUGGGGCGGACGACAGCGGCUGGGUAUACACGAAUGACGUAUGGGCAGAUCCGCGUCGUAUACCUCUUGAGGCUUGGAAAGCGUCUGGCAUGACAAGGCGGAGGAGAUGGGUGCGGAGAGUGUAUUUUGAUCCGGCGCUGAUAGAGAAUGCGUGAGGAGUUUUGAGGUUCGGGUGAGUUAGUUUUUAGGGGAUGGAGCAUGUUGAUCACUGUACUACAUAGCAUGAAUGUCGUGACAUACUGCUAAUCAUAAUCAUCUGUAAUUCACUCUUGUGGCCCGCCUGAAUACUUCAAGUUGUCACUCGAGCACUGGUGCACGACAACAAAUAAAUAACGAACUCCGGAGACAUUGAUUAUUUCAAUUAAGGGUUUUGCCAGAUGAAACAGCACAGCCUCUGCGUUACAGGCAAAAAUCAACGUUCUCGGCUUGGCCGCGGGUCCUCUCCCUUUGAUCUAGAUCACCAUGAAACUGGACUUGCCAAGGUUUACGGAAAGCUGAAAUGCUGUAUUAUGUACCUAUCGCCACAGGAACCAACUGAGGAUUAGCACCGCCUCGUAAAUUCAUACAUCUGACACAUAAGACGCCCG